GUCUUCUGCAGCCUGGAGAGCAUGAGAGAAUGGAGGAGAAAUGAAUGAAACACCGGUCUGAGCCUGGUUAUUAAAUGAACUAGCCGACAGCGGUGUUCAGUACAUCUGGGGAGCAACACUGCGAGGAUAAAUCACAGGUCAGACAGACAGCUGAUGGUUGUGGACUAGCCAAUGGGGCUGUUUGACAAGUUGGCAGGAUGGCUGGGAUUGAAGAAGGAGGUGAACGUGCUGUGUCUUGGUCUGGACAACAGUGGAAAAACCACCAUCAUCAACCAGCUCAAGCCCUCAAAUGCUCAGGCACAAGACAUCGUCCCAACCAUUGGCUUCAGCAUAGAAAAGUUCAAGACAUCCAGUCUUUCCUUCACAGUGUUUGACAUGUCUGGUCAAGGCAGAUACAGAAACCUCUGGGAACAUUACUACAAGGAGGGUCAGGCCAUCAUAUUUGUCAUUGAUAGUGCAGAUAAGCUGAGGAUGGUUGUGGCCAAAGAAGAGCUGGACACAUUACUAAAUCAUCCUGAUAUUAAGCACAGGCGGGUCCCCAUCCUGUUCUUCGCUAACAAGAUGGAUGUCAGGGAUGCUCUGUCUUCAGUUAAGGUCUCACAGCUGCUCUGCCUGGAGAACAUCAAAGAUAAACCCUGGCACAUCUGUGCUACUGAUGCUUUGAAAGGAGAAGGCUUACAGGAGGGAGUCGACUGGUUACAAGAUCAAAUCAAAACAAUGAGAACAUGAGGUCAUGAAGAGUGACGCGCCAGAGAAAGUCUUUCAUGAAAAGAGGUACCACAGAAAACAAAUGUUUUCAACAGGAUGUUUAGAUGGUUGUUUAGAUGUCUGUGGUUUACUUGAAAUCUGAGCGCAUGAUUUGUGUCUCUGGUACCAGUGAGAAUAGAAAAAUGUAUACAGAGGGUAUUUUUCUAAUAUUUGUUAUUUGUUGACUAAUACCAGAUGUUUUCAUGUGCUCCAGUUGACAUGGCCUUUUUCAAAGUUGCAUAUAUCUAUAUCUUAUACCAUUUAUCUAUAUUGCAGCUAAUGCAGCUCUGCUCAUGUAUCACAUCUGAUAACGUUACUCUUUGAUUAGCUGUGAAAAUAUAUUGUACAUAUACAAAAAAUUAUAACCAAAUGAAUGUUUUCC